UAUCUUCAACACCGAAGACUUUACGGACUUCUCUCAGGAGCACGAAUCGUCUAUGAAUCGACUGUUUCAUAUCGACUCACCACCUGAGAUUGUUAUGAGGGAAAUGCUAGAGGACCCUUCUUACCUUAACAUGUUUGACGAAGACGAGGAAGAACUCGAGUUCGAUAUCAUAAACAUUGACAUCGACCUCUUGAAGGUGCCGAAGAUACUCACUUAUGACGCUAUGGGAAAAGGGCUGGCUGAUAGCAUUAUGAAAAUGUUAGAUGACACAGUGAAAAAUAAAGAAGCCACUGACGACAAGCAUGCGAAAAAAGAUAAACGCGCACUGGCAACAACUCUUCAGGACAAGCAAGCUAUCAAAAAUAUACCGUCCGAUCUAAAACGUUAUUCAGGCACGUCUAACGCGUUCCUCCUCGAAUUGUUUGCUAUGCAUCAGGAUUAUGACGAGAGAUAUGGUUUCGACAUAUUAGAAGCAGCUUUUGAGAUGUAUUCCGACCGGGAUUAUUGCAUCUUAUGCUUGCCGUCCAGCCAUCCUCCGUUUCCUCUUUUAGAGCAUUUCACGUUGGUCACACCGUUUUGUACGAGACUCAGAUUCAUCAAUGAAACUUUGUAUGUGGCUCACGUAAAUUCCGUUAGGGGUGAGAUCUCAGUGCGUCCAGGGGAGGCGAGUGACAUGGUCUACUUGAACGACAUCUUGGAACACGCACCGCGAGCUGUUUCACUUCUCGAUCUAUUCAGUUCAUCUUUAAAUUCUCAGAGACUUGAUUCCUUCAUAUUGCUCAGUCAAACACAACCCGUCGGAAUGGUGAUUCUCGGUCCAUUGGAAGCUGGUUUUGCAAUAAGGACACAAUACAAAUUGGAGUCGGAACCUAAGGAACCAAGGACAGAUGGCACGCACUACACCGUUCGCAUUGUGGAUGAUGGAUCGACCACUCACGAGCAUUCCGCAGGUGAUGGUCAACAACAGCAUAGUUGUGGUCGGCGCAAGUACAACAGGCCUUGCAUUUGUAGAAACCUUGUUGAUGGGGUAGGUAAUGGAAUUCUAAGACACGCGCGCAAGUAUCUGACAUUCACUAACAUUACACUGGUGUCUGAGCACGGGCUGCCGACGGUUGGUGAAUGCCUGAAGGCGGCGAAGACCUGCGUCCCUCAGGUGGGCCGCUACACCGAUAAAUAUUUGAGGAGCGUGCCCUUCUAUUAUUACGUGGAUUUCAUGACUGCACUCAUGAUCGGUAUUGACAGGAGACUAUGUCAUAUAUGUUUAGACUCUCUUUUGUUAAAAAAAUGAAAUUUAAUGAAAAACUUUUAAAGCUUUAUAAUAGGGGUGACAACUGAGUUAAAAAAAAAACAAAAUUUUAUUUAGUCUGUCAGUUAGACGAUUGAAAAAUAUUAGAUACGUACUUUGUUUACUUCAAUUUAACUGAAAAUAUUCACAGUAUUGUAGAAAGUGUACAAAACUUCACGUCAUGUGACACUUUAACUCAAUGUAUCAUCGUAAUUUAAUAAUUAAGAAAAAAAAAUCAAUAUCAGUGGUUAAUAUUUUUCAACAAUCUACCUGACGGACAAACAGACAAAAGUUAGUUGUCAUCCCUAUUGCAGAAAAGCAAAGUGCAUACACUUGAAAGGUGGCUGUGUUAAGUAUUACGAUCAGUUGGUGCUGACAUGUGGACAUCAGUUCCAGCACCCGGAAUAUUUGUACGAGGCCCUGGAGAUAGUCAAAGAGGUUGAGAAAGACAAACCUUGUGAACGUAUCCUAAUGGACAACCCUGAGUAUCAACCUGAUAAAGUGUGCCUCCCGCCGGAAACACCUGAAAAUCUAAUGUUGAUAAACUCGAUCUUGCAAGCCAACAUCUGCUUACGGAGACUGCUACGGAUGAUGAGCGAGCAGAAAGAAUCUAAGAGGCGGCUCACCGACAAGAACACUGUGGUAGUGUACGGUGAAUGUGUUGAAGCAUACAAUUGUCUCGCUGCUUUGCUCGAAUUAGGACUGGCAGCACAGAAGAUCACUUUCGUUGAACCGUUCCCCUCAGAAGAUAGAUCGAAGCUCAGGGUUAACUGCUUUAAUGAUGAAACGUUAGCUAAAAUAUUUUUGAGCAAAAUGGAUCCUUUUGUGUCGGCGGAUCCCAAUGCAGGUAGUGGCAAUUCUGAGCUUUUCCUUCAACACAGUUGCAGUUUUUUAAGAUGGCAACCGGUGAUGAAAUUCGAAUCGCCGAUAAUACAAUACUCUGAAGUACCUGGAUCACUGCAUUACAUGAAAGUAAGGAAACCUGGGCCGGAGAUACCCAUGGCUGUGCAACUCUGUUUACCACAUCAGGGUCACACACUUAUAACUGAUAAAAGGGGUAACUACUUUCGUUUGCAACUGAACGCUCUGCAUUGCGUGGAAGCGAUCACAUGCCUUUCCAGAAAACAUUUCCACCCCGAGCUUCUCACUCAGCUGUAUGGGAAGCACGAGGCGUACUUCAAUCAUCUUCUCUAUCGUUAUCUGUCGCACGAGAUUGACGAUCUGUUCGAGUUCUUCAAACAGCCGUGGAUGGCCGCUCUCUACCAGGAGACUUUCAGCGAUUUAAUUAAGAAUAUUGAUGAACAAAAUGUCGACACGGAAUGUGGUCAGUCUGCAGCUGUACGAGAUGAGGCUCGCGCAUUCUGGCAGAGAGUUUGUGGGGAGAGGAUUGUACUCGCCCAUCUUACUCGCUAUCUCCAGCGAUUCAGCGUCACCAAUCCACACUACGCGCGUAUAGUUCCAGAGUGA